AUGGGGCUCCGCAGCCUCUUGCUAGUGGGCAACAAAGACCAGCUGACCACCUCCUACUCAUCCAUCAGAGAUUCAGCUCGGGCAGGGGCUCCGGGGAGUCGCUGCCGUUCCUGGCCUGGACGGGACGCUCCUGACGCUCCUGCCGCCCUCCUGCAGCGCGGACCUCAGGUCUGCUGGGCACCACCUGAGGACGGGCACUGGCGCAUGCGUCCCAUAGAAGUGAUGGAGACACAGAGGACCUGCUCCAGACGGGGCUUCAGCGUGUGGCUGCGGCGUUGGAGCCGGGCGCGGCCCCCGCCCCGCGGCCGCGUGUCUGCGUGCGCGCGUGUCCGUGGAAGGAUCGGGCCGGGAGAGGGGGCGGGCGGGGUCUGGCUGCGGACGCGCCUGCGGACGGACGGACGGACAGACCGCCGGCCGCGGCCCCUGACGCACGCUGCGCUCCCACCCCCGGCGGCGGCCCCCGCGAGGCAGAGGCGGCGGCGGUGUCUGCGCGCACACGCGGGCUCGCAGACACACACACACGCACACGCACACCCGGGCCACGCCGCGCACACCCGCACCCGCACCCGCGCCCGCGCCCGCACCCGCACCCGCGCCCGCGCCCGCGCUCGCACUCACUCACUCACUCACACUCACACUCGCGCGCAGGCCCCGCAGCCGCCGCCGCCGCCUCCGGAAGCGGCGCUCGGCCCGGAUCCCGGCCGGGCUGGAGAAGGAGAAGACCUGGGUGAGAAGCUGCUGCCGCCUGAGCCAGACCGGACCGAGACCCCGUUGCUCCUGCUGCCGCCGCCAGCGCAGGGCCUCCCUGAGACCAGGCCAGGGAUAGACCUCGUGGGCCGGAGGGGCCCCCUUAGCCUGCAGACACCGGUAAGGACAGGGUCCUUCUGACCCUGCGCGACUGUGUGGCUGUGUGA